UUCUCUGCUUCAUGGCCAAAUGGCCUUCCACAGCUGUCUAUCAGAUGUCCCUGGGUCUAUUUGGGGAGACAGGCCAUUGGGAUUCCUCUGUGCAAGAUAAUCCCGUGGAGAAAGACAGGGACAGGGGACAGAACUGGACGAGGCGCAGUUAUCCGUUUGGAAUGUUCCUAAUGCGGCAGAGCAGUAGGCUGAUGCGCGUCAGGGUGUGGCGUGCAUCAGUGAUGUGACCCUGGGCGGAGCGAGACGGAUGGCCAAUGGGUGAAAUCAUAUCAGGCAGAGGCCGAACCAUGUACACUAAAUAAAUUGUGCAUUGACUGGUGGACAGUGGGGGGAAAUGAACAGAGCACGGAGGGAGAUAUGAGAUUUAAAAUCGGGUCAAAACUACAAACAACAGCAUUUACAACUGAUUCCGUCGUCAGGAUGCCGGAGCAUUUGCCCGAGGUAAGAUCUGACUUACUGGAACAACAUUUCAGGCAAUCGACUCGACAUAAUCAACAAAACCAAAUUAGCAGUCACAUCAUGUCAUGUUCUUCAUUCAGAGAAAACCGAAGAUUUCAGCUUCAAGGAAGCUCAUGCUCAAGAGCCUGAUGGUGGCAAAGGCCAAGGAGGAACUAGAGCAAGAGAUCCUCGAUAAAGAGAGGGAGAAACAUAGAUACCUGGCCGAGAGAGCUCCAUCCCUCAACAUCAGCCACAUGAGUGUGGCGCAGUUACAGGAUCUGUGCAGAGAGCUCCACGCCAAAAUCGAUGCGGUCGAUGAGGAGCGCUACGACAUCGAGGCCAAAGUCAUGCUCAACACACGUGAGAUUAAAGAUCUGAGCAUUAAGGUGUUGGACCUGAGGGGGAAAUUCAAGAGGCCAGCCCUGCGGCGUGUUCGCGUGUCCGCCGACGCCAUCCUGCGCUCGCUGCUGGGCUCCAAGCAUAAAGUCUCCAUGGACCUCCGAGCCAACCUCAAGUCGGUCAAGAAAGAGGACACGGAGAAGAAGAGGCCAGUGGAGGACAGCGACUGGAGGAAAAAUGUGGAGGCCAUGUCAGGCAUGGAGGGAAGAAAGAAGAUGUUCGACGCUGCCAAAGGUUCCUCCCAGUGAACCCCCACGUCGGGUUUUUCCACAAAUGACUUUGGUUUCUUCGGUUAAUACAAGACAUAACUUCUCAGCUUCAUCUGAUGUAAUUUCAUGAUAAGAUUAUUCGACAAGUUUUGUGACUUUGGUGUUGUAUAUUGGAAAACUUUGG